AUGGACAAUACCUUCCGAAAUUCAACUUUUCUUUAAUAAAAUUUUGCCUCUGUGGAAAUAUUCAGGGAAUGUUAACAGUGGAUUAUAUUUCUAAUUUUAAUUGCCUUCCCAUAAUUCCUGAAGACUUCCCUUAGUAACCAAAAUGGCGGCGUACACGAAGGGGUGUUGAGUUUGAAUUUAAAGAACGCUGAAUUUGAAAACGAAUUGUAAACUUGUUUGGAAUUAGGUCUGUUUCUUAACUUCUGAGUAAAAAUACAAACAGCUUUGCAAUCUGAGGAGUACAUUUAAAGGGCGUCAGAGAGAAAUGCAAGAGAGUUUUAUGACACCAAGCAGAAGGCUGUCAAGUUCUACAAGGAGAAUGGGGUACCAGAGAGGCUGGAGGAAAUCCUCAACUCCAUGUUUUAUGAAAAUCCUCCAGAUGUUUACGGUCGCUUGUCAGAACACUUUGAGUCCCUGUCAAUUCCACCUGUUAUUCACAAAGUGAUGGCUAGAGAGGUUUUAGAUGGCAGAGGUCAGCCUACCCUACAAGCAGAGCUCCACUGCAUUGUCAAAGGUCUUGAACAGCAUUUGUCAACUGUCACCAUGGCCAGCACAAACCUGCUGAUGGAGAGUGCCCCUGUUGAGAAAAAGGAAGCAGACGAGAAAGAGAGACAGGAAUUUGUUGAUGCAGCUCUUCAAUUCAUUCAAGGACCAAUCACAGAAGCUAUCAGUGGCAUCGGCCCAGCCAAUCAGGGAGAGAUUGAUGAAAAUGUUUGGAAGAUCCUGAUGAAAUUCCAGACUGAGAAGGAAGAGGAGGAGCGUAAAGAACGUGAGCGGGCAGCAGAGCUAGAACCUCCACCUCCUGAACCAGCCAAGGAGGAAAAAACAAUCUCUCCAAAGGGCAAGAAGAAGCUAGGGAGUGCCAAGUCUAGCACAGUCGUGAUGGAGGAACCUAAAGAACCAAUGCUCCCAGGUUGCAAUGCUGCAUGUGUCGUUUCACAGGCUGUAACUCUAGCAGCAGCAAAGCUCUCCAAGAUCCAACCCUUUGAACACAUUGCCAACUUGUACUCUUCUCAGGAACAGCAAGAAUAUGAGCUUCCCUUGUUGAUGGUGAAUCUUUUGAAUUCUGGAAAAGCCUACCCCGGCAAGCAGAACCUCAUCAAGGAAUUGCUGCUCAUCCCUAAACCAGGGAAGACCCUCAGGCAGUCUCUGAAACAACUGACAGCCAUCCACCAUCAAGUGGGCAAGUUGCUUUUUCCAAAGCUGGGGGUACCUGGGUUAUACGUGAAUGACUUUGGUGGCUACUGUCCACAGUAUGACCGGCCAGAGCAGUUAUUGGACCUUGCCCAGGAGGCUAUCACUGCUCUUGAUCUGACCCCAGGAGAGGAUAUCUUCAUUGGUCUGAACUGUGCUGCCCAUGAAAUGUUUGACUUGGAUAAAGGAAAAUACGAAACAGCUCAAGGAAUGUUGAAAUUACCAGAUGACAUGAUAGAGGUGUAUGCUGAUCUCAUCAACCGGUAUCCAGCCAUCAUUGCCCUCAUAGAUCCCCUCAAAAAACAGGACGUAGAGCAAUGGCGCAAGCUGUGUGAACGUUUCAGCGAGCAGUGCUUUAUCAUUGUAGACAAGGCCUAUUCCAGGGCUGAGACUCUUCUCAAGCAGGGAUUUGGUGAGCUACGUAGUACCGCUGUCUCAUUGAAACUACAGCAGAUGACUAGUGUUAGUACCAUCACUGAAGCUGGUAAACUGAUCAAAGAGAACAAUGCAGCUGUGGUGAUUUCAAGUGUCCUUGGUGAGAGUCCUGAUAGUUUUCUGGCUGAUUUGGCUGUUGGAGUUAGCUCCAGGUUUGUCAAGUUUGGUGCUAUCAAUCGUGGCGAGAGGAUCUGCAAGUACAACCGUCUUCUGGAGAUAGAAGAUAUGUUGAUAUCUCAGGACAGGAUCAAGGCAACUGUGACAUUUGGUUUCCCUGUCAUCAAGCCACCUGAACCAGAGGAGACUGCAGAGGAUGAGAACAAACAGGAAUGAUAGCUCUAGCAUUUCUGAAUUCUAACUACUAGGGGAAUAAAGCUCUUUGACAAGUCGCUGCUUUCAGCUCAUUUUGGGAUAUAUUCCCGCCUAGGUUGCACACGUUCAAAUCCUUCCGACACUAAGGACAGAUCCAGAACCAAUUUUUUGGAGAGUCAACAAAAUUUAGAAAAUUUUACAGCAUUUACAAACUUUUUAAGAAAAGGAAAUUAAAUUGUUCCCCAAGAUGGUGCCCCUACCCUCACCUCACCCCUCUUUCCACCAUUAUCUGACAUUGGCAGUGCUGAGAUUUGCUGGAGGUUAACAACCUGUAACUAUAUGCUCUGUCUGUAGGGAAUAGCUUUACUAGCAGAAUUCAGUCAGAUAUCAAUCACAAGUGGAAUCAUAAGUUUGGUUGCAGGUUCAUUUAUCAGUAACUGCAAGUGAAUAAGUGAACAGAUUUGAAGGGACUGUUUUUGGUUUGUGUAAGUGGCGUGUGGCUUGAGACAAGAGAACUUAUGAUCGACUAGCAAUUAAAAUGAGCUUAGUGUGACUAAUUGAUUAUAUCUCAUGUCACCAGUCACUUCCUUAAUAAAAUUUGUUAAAAGAUGUAAAAAACUUUAAUUCAUAAAUACCUGAGACAGUUUUUCUAUUCCUGUUGGUCAAGG